AGUUUAAUCAGGAACACCUUUAAAGGCAGCUAAACUCCGAACUCAAGGUAGAUAAGAACAACUUCCAUGAAAGACGUUCAAAUUACUCAAAGAAACAGUACUGUUUCAGAAACCGGAGAGAGUGAUCAAUGCUGUGACAUAAUAUCAUCCCUUCCCAAAGAGAAAGAAUGGGUAUCUGGUUAUAUGUAUCUUUACCAAGGCUUUUGGUGCCCUCCGAAGGAGAUUCAUGCUGUAGUUUCAUUUCAAAAUAACUUUCAAGCAUGCAACACUGACACUAUACUUGUCUCCAUGCCUAAAUCAGGUACGACGUGGUUGAAAGCCUUGGUAUUUUCCAUCAUGAACCGUGAAAAAUAUCAAACCGCAGAAAGCCCCUUGAAUUCUUUCAACCCUCAUGAUCUUGUGCCUUUCUUUGAGUAUAGGCUUUAUGCAAACAACCAAGUUCCUGAGCUGUCUGCAUUUCCAUCGCCUAGAAUAUUUUCAACCCAUGUGCCAUAUCCAUCACUGCCAGAAUCUAUCAGGAACUCUACUUGUCGGGUUGUUUAUAUAUGUAGAAAUCCCUUGGACAACUUUAUCUCCUUCUGGCAUUUCCUCUCAAAAGCAAGACCUGAGAGACUUGGACCACUUCUUUUGGAGGAGGCUUUUGAUGAUUUUUGCAAUGGAGUUGUAGGGUUUGGUCCCUUUUUUGAUCAUGUUCUAGGGUAUUGGAAGGAGAGCUUGGAGAGACCAGAGAAGGUAUUAUUUCUUAAGUUUGAGGACUUAAAAGAAGAUAUCAAUUCUCAGAUGAAAAGUCUGGCUGUGUUCUUGGGUUGUCCCUUUUCUUUGGAGGAAGAGAGGGAUGGGGUUACAGGGAACAUAUCCAAGCUGUGCAGCCUCGAUAGUUUGAAGAAUAUCGAGGCAAACAAGAGAGGUAAGUCUAUCCCAUACUUCGAGAAUAAUACUUUAUUUAGAAGAGGUGAGGUUGGGGACUGGGUCAAUUAUCUUACUCCUGAGAUGGUUGAUCGUUUAAACAAGAUCACAGAACAAAAGUUGGCUGGUUCUGGAUUGGAGUUCAAGAUUACUAGUCUAUAGUCGAAGCUAGAGUCCACAAAGACCUCGAUAUCUAUGUUUGAGUUGUUUUUCUUAAUUGAUUUUUCCAGCUUGAGUGCUUUCACAACAAUGCAUGAAUAUGAUUCCUGCAUUUUUGUUUGUUAAGCCAAAAAAAUCAAUUGCUUCGCUUCUUUUAGAACAACAUGAGAGUGUUUCCUUUGUGAAUGAUAUAUACUUUUAGU